AUCACCAACCAGCAUUAAUAAUCGAUUACGAAUUAUUCGCAUCGCCUUUCAUGUACUUUAUUGCAAAUUCUGCCUACAGCGAUGAACGAGGGUCGUUGCCUGUGGCCACGUGGUAAAGUUAUGGGAGGCAGCAGCACGAUAAACUACAUGAUGUAUGUUCGUGGUAACAAAAAAGAUUACGACAUCUGGGAACAACUAGGCAAUCCAGGAUGGUCCUACAAAGACGUCCUAAGUUAUUUCAAAAAAUCGGAAGACAAUCAGAAUCAGAACUACGCCAAGACUGCGUAUCAUUCGACGGGGGGUUACCUAACUAUCAACGAAUCACAAUGGCAGGGUCCAUUGGGCAAUGCGUUCCUUCAAGCAGCAGAAGAAAUGGGUUACGAGAAUAGAGACGUUAAUGGAGAACGGCAGACUGGCUUUAUGUUUCCUCAGGGGACCGUUAGUCAUGGGAGCCGGUGUUCCACGGCGAAGUCCUUCCUGCGGCCGAUCAGCGCGCGUAAGAAUUUACACGUCGCUAUGCAAGCACAUGUUACGAAAAUUUUAAUAGAUCCGUCGUCAAAGAGGGCUUACGGUGUAGAGUUCCUUAGAGACGGAAGGACGCUGCGCGUUCGUGCCAACAAAGAGGUGAUACUUUCCGCAGGAUCUAUCAAUAGCCCUCAAUUACUGAUGCUGUCUGGAAUAGGACCUGAAGAACACUUAGCGGAACACGGGAUACCAGUGAUUCAGAAUUUAAGUGUGGGUUAUAAUCUUCAAGAUCACAUAUUUGCGGGAGGCAUUACGUUCUUGCUACAUGAAAAUAUAUCGUUGGUAGAAAGCAAGUUGUAUAAUAUUCGAUAUAUGCUAGAAUACGCCUUAACCGGAACUGGCCCAUUAACACUCUUAGGAGGAGUCGAAGCACUAGGUUUUAUCAAUACCAAAUACGCGAAUGCCUCGGAUGAUUUCCCAGACAUGCAAUUGGUUUUUGUGCCAUGGGGUAUGAACACCGACGGCGGCAAAGUUUUUAAAAUAAUUCACGGUCUAACCACAGAAUUCUACAAUUCUGUAUACGGGAAUUUCAUCGGUAGGGACGCAUGGACCGUGCUUCCUACGCUCAUAAGACCGAAAAGUAGAGGUGUUAUCAAGCUUCGAAGCAACAAUCCCUUCGAUCAUCCGUUGAUUUAUCCCAACUAUUUCGAAAGCCCGGAAGAUGUGGCGACGAUGGUAGAAGGAAUUAAGUUUGUGGUCGAGAUGAGUAAAACUGCACCACUUAAACGUUAUGGAAGCAAAUUUAUACCGGUACCAUAUCCUGGCUGCAAGAAUAUUUCCAUGUAUACCGAUCCAUACUGGGAGUGCGCGAUCAGAUUCUAUGCCACGACUCUAUUUCAUCCAGUGGGUACUUGCAAGAUGGGACCUAAUUCGGAUCCAACAGCUGUAGUAGACCCUCGGCUUCGAGUUUACGGAGUCACCGGACUUCGAGUGAUAGAUGGCUCGAUUAUGCCAAACAUAAUCAGUGGUAAUACCAAUGCCCCGAUUGUCAUGAUCGCAGAGAAGAGUGCCGAUAUGAUAAAAGCGGAUUGGUUGAUGAAAUAGGACGCAGAGUGAGUAGCUGUU